CGCAUUUUGACCCGAGGCGCGCGACCGCCCCUUAGUAGGCUCACGGUGCCGCGUCGGCUCUGCGCUCGCUUUCUCGUCCUGCUGGUGUGAGGAGGUUGUUCCGCACACUCGGUUCCCGCCGGCUCCCUCCCCUGAAUCCCUGCAACCGCCGCUGCGAAGAUGGCCUCGGGAGUGCAAGUUGCUGAUGAAGUAUGUCGCAUUUUUUAUGACAUGAAAGUUCGGAAAUGCUCCACACCUGAGGAAAUUAAAAAAAGAAAGAAGGCUGUCAUUUUUUGUCUCAGUGCAGACAAAAAGUGCAUCAUUGUUGAAGAAGGCAAAGAGAUCCUAGUUGGAGAUGUGGGUGUGACCAUCACUGAUCCCUUCAAGCAUUUUGUGGGGAUGCUUCCUGAAAAGGAUUGUCGCUAUGCCUUGUAUGAUGCAAGCUUCGAGACCAAGGAGUCCAGGAAAGAAGAGCUGAUGUUCUUUUUGUGGGCCCCAGAACUGGCCCCUCUGAAGAGUAAGAUGAUCUACGCCAGCUCUAAGGAUGCGAUCAAAAAGAAGUUCCAAGGCAUCAAACACGAAUGUCAAGCAAAUGGGCCGGAAGACCUCAACCGAGCUUGUAUUGCCGAAAAGCUGGGUGGGUCCUUGAUUGUAGCCUUCGAAGGGUGCCCCGUGUAGUGUCGUUCCAGUGCCACAGCCGAAAGCUUCUGUGUUUAAUGUUACCCUCUUGCUCCAUAAGUAAAGCAGAUGCAUUUAUGCCAGGGUCUCACUGAGGGAGCUGUCUUGUCAUCUUUGAGAGUAAAUAUUCUAUAAACCUGUGCAAACGCGGCCCUAAAUAAACCUAGCAUCCAAAGUGUAA